CUAGACUAGAUAAGAGAAAAGAUUUUGACCAAAAAGAUAAAAGGAGAAAAUAAAAUCACUUCUUCAGUGUGUUGUUAAUUCUUUUCGUUCUGUUUUGUGUUAAUCUUUUCAAAAAAACAAACCAAUGCUUUUGAAUCUUCAACUGUUAGACACCAACACACUUCCACUUGUUGUUCCACGGGAAAACGCUGUACCCAUUUCCAUUCCCAGUAAAAAAACCACACAACAACAAUCACUUCCUCAUUCUCCCGAUGGAACAGACUCAGAAUCUCGUUUUAAGAAAUUGAAUUUGAAUAGAAAUGAUGAUUAUUUGUUUCCAAAGAAAAGGGAUAACAGUAAUGGGAUAGUUUUGAAGAAAAAUAAAGUGCACACCAAGUGUUCGACGAAAUGGGUGUGUUACGGCGGAAGAAUUCCUGCAAUUUUACAGGCUUUGAAUAAUAUUCAUGAUUUGGAUGAGGCUCUUAGACCUUGGGAAAAGAGACUUAGCAACAAGGAAAUGAGUAUUAUAUUGAAGGAACAAGUUUGUUGGGAGAGGAGUUUGAAAAUUUUUGAGUGGUUUAAGAAAAAGGGUUGUUAUGAAUUGAAUGUGAUUCAUUAUAAUAUAAUGUUUUGGGUUCUUGGAAAAGGGAGGAAAUGGAGGCUUGUGGAGAGUUUGUGGAGUGAAAUGAGUGCAAAUGGGGUUGUGCCGGUGAAUUCGACGUAUGGAACAUUGAUUGAUGUUUAUGGUAAAGGUGGAUUUGGAAAAGAAGCACUUGCUUGGCUUCAAAGGAUGCUAAGUCAAGGGAUGGAACCUGAUGAGGUCACAAUGGGGGUUGUUGUUCAGUUGUACAAAAGGUCCGGGGAGUUUCGAAAAGCUGAGGAGUUUUUCAGGAAAUGGUCGAGAAGGGAACUUUUGAGCGUAGAGAUUGAUUAUGAGACGGUUGAUGCUACUCAUGUUGGCAAUGAUGUUUCACAUGGGAAUGUUUGUUUAAAUUCACAUACAUAUAAUACCUUGCUUGACACAUAUGGGAAAGCCGGUCAACUUCGAGCGGUGUAUGAGAUUUUUGCUAAGAUGAUCAAACUAGGUGUAGUGCCGACUACGGUGACAUUUAAUACAAUGAUUCACUUGUAUGGAAACCAUGGACGCUUAUGGGAAGUAAGUCUGUUGUUGCAGAGAAUGGAAGAGCUUCGAUGUCCACCUGACACAAGGACAUAUAAUAUCCUUAUUUCUCUUUAUGUUAAACAUAAUGAUAUCAAUUUGGCAGCAAAAUAUCUUGCAAAGAUGAAAGAGGUUUUCCUUGAGCCCGAUCUAGUGAGUUAUCGCACCCUUUUAUGUGCAUACUCAACUAGGAAAAUGGUCCAAGAAGUUGAAGAGCUCGUUCGAGAGAUGGAUGACAGAGGUCUUGAGAUUGAUGAAUUCACCCAAUCUGCCGUGACUAGGAUGUAUGUAGAAUUGGGUAUGCUGGAGCAGUCAUGGUUAUGGUUCAAGCGGUUUCAUCUAGCUGGGGAUAUCACUUCUAGCUGUUAUGCUGCCAACAUUGACGCAUAUGGCGAGCAAGGGUACACAUUAGAAGCAGAGAAAGUCUUUAUGUGCUGCAAACAAAGGGAGAAACUUAGUGUCCUUGAGUUUAAUGUGAUGAUUAAAGCUUAUGGGAUAGGAAAAUGCUUUGAUAAAGCAUGUCAAUUAUUUGAUUGCAUGGAGAAAUUUGGUAUUGUUGCAAAUGCAUGCAGCUACAGUUCUCUCAUACAUAUUUUGGCCAGUGCUGACAAGCCAAACAUUGCAAAACCUUAUCUGAAAAAAAUGCAGGAGGCGGGAUUGGUGAGUGAUUGCAUCCCGUAUGGUGCUGUGAUAUCAAGCUUUGCAAAGUUAGGCCAAUUGGAUACGGCAGAAGCAUUAUACAAUGAGAUGAUUGGAUAUGCUGUGCAGCCUGAUGUUAUCAUUUAUGGUGUAUUAAUCAAUACUUUUGCUGAUGCUGGAAAUGUUAAAAAGGCUACCGGUUAUGUAGAUCGAAUGAGGAAGGCAGGCUUGUCAGGGAAUCCGGCCAUACAUAACUCUUUGCUAAAGUUGUAUACUAAAGUAGGCUACCUGAAAGAAGCACAAGAAACAUACACGUUGCUUCAAUCGUCAGAUCAAGGUCCUUCAAUAUUUUCUUCUAAUUGUAUGAUUGAUCUUUACACUGAGAGACUUAUGGUUGAACAAGCAAAAGAAAUAUUUGAGAGCUUGAAGAAGAAGAACAUCGCAAACGAGUUUUCAUACGCAAUGAUGCUAUGUAUGUACAAGAAAAUUGGAAGAUUGGAUGAAGCUGUUCAAAUUGCGAAACGGAUGAGGAAACUAGGACACUUGACUGAUUUAUUGAGUUAUAAUAAUGUGCUUGGCCUGUAUUCAAUGGAUAGGAGACUAAGGGAAGCUAAAGAGAUUUUCAAGGAAAUGAUAGAAUCUGGAAUUCAGCCAGACGAUUUUACAUUCCGAGCUCUUGGACGUCUUUUGCUGAAUCAUGGUGUUUCCAAGCAGAGUAUUGGCAGGCUAGAAGUAAUGGUGAAGAGGGAGGUUCCUCGGGGCUUGCAAGCAUGGAUGAUGGCAAUUUCGCGUAUGCUUGAAGGAGAUGAUUACACAGAUAAAUAGAAGUGGUUACUCAUGGAUGAAGCUUUUCUAUGGAGGUUUGCUCCUUUGUUGUCUACAAGGCUUAGGCUAUAAUUGGAGCAUUUCAGUCAUGGCAUCUAGAAUCACAACUGCAUUAUGGGGUGGGAACAUGUUUUGACUCCUUUCAUGAGUAUUCUUUGGCUUGAAGAUUGGCAAUGAGAAUCAGAUUGUUGAGAUCUCUUCAACUUUGGAACUAUAAGAUCUUCUUUCCCUUUUCUUGAUUUUGAUGACAGAAGUAAUUUGAUAUUGACAAUGAGGAUAGGAAUAAGGGAAAAUAGAACAAAAUUAGAGAAAUACCAUCAGAAUAUUCAAUUGCAUCUUUCAAAAAUUUGUCAAAGAUAUAUUCCAACUAAACUCAUCUCAUGUGUGAAGGGACUGGCCCUGAAUGAUAUUGACAUGCAAAUUAUUAGAUAAAUCAUGUCCAGUUUUGAAAAGUUUUUGCUGGAGACAUUGAUGCUGCACACUGCCUUCUUUGGUUUCUGGAGAAGAGUUGGGUUUACACCUGUUAGACUAUACCAGGAUUCCCACAACUUGAUUUUUAUUGUAUAUCUAUAUUAUGUAAUCAGUUAGUUAUGACAGUUAGGUUUGUAAUUUUUUGUUGAGUCAAUUUGUAUAUAAACUUUCAUCUCAAGCAAUUAAUUCAAGAUUUUUAUUUUCUGCAAAA